AUUGACACUUGUGACAUGUCUGUGAAGGGGGACUAUGUGCGACAGUGGGUUCCAGAGCUUCAAGGAAUUAAAGGUGGGGACAUUCACACCCCCUGGACCCUCAGCAACUCUGCACUCUCACGCGCCCAGGUUUCACUCAACGAAACAUACCCUUCCCCUGUCAUCACAGCGCCUGAGUGGAGUCGCCAUAUCAACAACAAAUCAUCUGGUCCACCAGCAAAAGGAAGGAAGGGCUCAUCGUACGCACCAAGACAGCACAAAGACAGAGGCAUUGACUUCUACUUCUCCAAGAAUAAGAGUUUCUGAGGAGGAGAUGUCGUGGAAAAGUGCUUUUUCUGCUGCUGGGCAUCACAAAUAGACCCGAGGCAUCUGUUUAGGCCACAGGUUACGCAGUGGAAUGAGGAAGGGGAAAUGAAAAAUAGUUUGGUUUUGUGUUGCCCUUUCUGAAUCUGUUUUCACACGCAGACACAGAAACCGCUGCUCACAUUCUGAAGACAUUUUUAUGAACUGUAACUCAGAUUUUCAUGUAUUUGUAUAUAUUGUGUUGAAUACAAUAUUGUAUUUCUGGUGGUUUUAAUAAAUCCCUGUGAAUGUCCUGGU